CGCAUCGACAAGAAUGCAGAUCUCUUCCCAUCUCCUGCCUAUCUCUCGCGCACUCUCUAUUUGUCUAUCCUUUUUUUUUGUCAAAACUAUAUUAGUUCUAGUAUUUCUAUACUUUCCCUGACCCUCUUUUUAAGCUUGCCCCUCCCGCUUCCCUCCCGCCUGAGUGUCAAGACGUUCCCGCAAUUCCAUCGACUGCAGACCUUUUCUUUUAGGCUGUUUUAGCAGCGUCUUUGACAACUGAACCUAGUCGAAAUCUGAUGAAAAAAAAACAUCAGUACACAGAAAUCCAUAACCAGACAGCACCCCCCGAGAGCCAUGUAUAUUCCGGAUCAUCAAGAACAACAACAGCAACAGCAACAACCGGAACAGACAAUGUCGGAAGAAAUGGUACAAGCAAUGCUUCGGAGCUUUAUGUACUCCGCUAUAGUUGCUGGAUCCGUUGCAGUUAUCGCUGCCCUUGCGUAUUGUGCCGUGCAGUUAACCUCGCGGGACAGAAAUGGAGUUACCACAGCUCGUGGUCGGUACGGGGAUACAAGGUACAUAUACAGCAUGACGGCGCCGCCGAUCCCGUAUGUCAUGUCGGAGGCGGCAGCCCAGUCGGGGAGGCCCCACCACGACAUUCACACUCCCACCCACGGCACCUCACAGUUCAGCAUGAAGGAGCUUUACGACAUUAUGCGCACCAACAUCUUCAGCUCAGACAGUGAUGAGGCCAACGCAAGAGGCCAAGAUGACAUUGUCAAUCAGCAUUCCAGCCUGCUUGCAAAUGCCGACGUUGGGCAGCGCAAUUCGUCGUUGGACGGCUUUGGAACGACGGCCGAAAGCGAAAACGUCGCCCCUGCCCCAAGCGAUGGAGCUGAUCGGUACGUUUUAUAACGUGCGGGCCGACGUUGUUCUGCGAGUACGCUGGCGAACUAGAUCUGAGCAGCUGAUAGUGACUCGAGUCCUGUCUCUGUCUCUCUUCCAAAGUGAAUAUACGAAAGGUAGCAGGCUGGUCAAUGCAAGGAGGGAGAAAGGGGAUUUGGAGGUCUCCAGUGCGUCUGAGUCUCAAAGCUGGAUUUGGUUUCAACUUUUUUUCUGAUCAAUGUCAAACGGACAAUGUCGCCCCAUUAUAGCCAUGUGGGAUCCGGCGGCUAUUGAGUAUGUAGUAAUAUUCGAGGAAGAAUAUAUCUGGGGGCCAAGUACCUAAGCCAAAGAAGCGAUUUCUUCUUCUUCUGUUUGGACGUGA